AUGAGCACGAUUCUGAACGAUCUCAGCGCUGUCCCCGACGGUGCGCUCGACGCGGUUUUACUUAAGUCCGUGGAGAUGCCGGAGGGAACCCCCACAGUCCGCGGGUACGACUUCGAGGGCCCGCUGGACCUGCAGAAAAUGCUGGACUGCAUGAUGACCUCGGGGUACCAGGCGACCCAGUUUGGAAGAUGUGUGGACGAGGUGAACCGGAUGCUGAAGUGGCGCCUCAGCGAUGAACCCAUCGACGACACGACUGACGAGGAAGAGAGGGACCCGGCGUACCGCGCCUCGCUGCGGUGUAAGAUCUUCCUGGGCUUCACCAGCAACCUCAUCUCCAGUGGUGUCCGCGAGCAGCUCAGAUACCUGGUCAAGAACAAAAUGAUCGACGUGCUGGUGACCACCGCGGGAGGCGUGGAAGAAGACUUCAUCAAAUGUCUCGCGCCAACCUACCUCGGAGAUUUUGCGCUCAAGGGUGCCGAGCUUCGGAAGCAGGGCCUUAAUCGAAUUGGCAACCUUCUGGUGCCCAACGACAACUACUGCAAGUUCGAGGACUGGAUCAUGCCCAUACUGGACGCGAUGAAGAAGGAGCAGGAUGAGACUGGUGUGGUGUGGACCCCGAGUAAGGUUAUCCACAGGCUGGGCUUGGAGAUUAACAAUGAGGAGAGCGUAUAUUACUGGGCCGCAAAGAUGAACAUCCCGGUGUACUGCCCUGCACUUACCGACGGUAGCAUCGGCGACAUGCUCUAUUUUCACAGCUUCAAGAGCCCCGGGUUGGUGGUGGACUUGGUCCAAGACGUUCGUGCGAUGAACGACGAGGCGAGGACUGUGGGCAGGCCCAAGAAGACGGGCAUGAUCAUCCUAGGCGGCGGUGUGCCCAAGCACCACAUCAACAACGCCAACCUCAUGAGAAAUGGAGCGGAUUUUUCUGUGUCGAUCAACACGGCGCAGGAGUUCGACGGAAGCGACAGCGGGGCCAAGCCGGACGAGGCCGUGAGCUGGGGUAAGAUUCGACCGGAGGCGACACCAGUGAAGGUGCACGCGGACGCCUCGAUAAUGUUCCCACUGCUUGUCGCGCAGACGUUCAAGCAGAAUUUUGAGCCAAAGCCAUAA